CCGAUGCGGGAAUUGAAGGUCGUUGCCUCGUGAGAGCCAAAACCGGUUGACAUGUGGGGCGACCGUUCACGCAAGCAAGAAAGUCGGGCUGAUAAAAAUAGACACAAUCAUACGCCCAGUACUACCCAACGCCCCCCCAACGCCCCCCAACGCCCCAUUUCGUGUAAUUUACAUGCUGAUCAGUUCCUUGCAAGGAAAAAAAAAAGAGAAACUAGAAAAGCAACAGCAUUUUAUUCAAUGCACGCUCUGGAAAAGGAAAUUCUCCACACUACAGAUCCCCAGACGGAAUUGCGGAAAAUAACCAUGAAUCCGGUAUGUCGAAAAGAAAUUGCGAGCCCUAGCAAUGGAGAUACGGAUAUUAGUAUGGCGAAUUCAAAAUGAAAGAGUCGAGACAAAAGAAACCCCAAACGAAAGAACCAAAUAUAAAAAAAAAAUAAGGAAGGGGCAACUUACCCAAUCGGCAAAUUCCAUCCUCUGAGUCUCAGAUUCAGCACUAUCACCACGUUCGCCAUAUAUCGUGUUAUGGGUAUCUAACCCCGUCCCUUCAUCCUCUUCCGACGAUACCUCAACUUCCCUUUCUCCGAGUAGCUUUGCUCGCUCCUUUAGCCAAAGAUAGCACUGGUCCAGUGCCUCCUUCGCCGCCUCCAUAAUGGGCCCUUCAACCUCUGCCACGCCCGCCUCCAUCGCCUUGAUCUGCGCCAGCACACAAGCAGAGAAUAUAUAGCCUUUGACAUUCGUUUCGCCCGCCCGGAUCCGCGCCAUUGCUAGCCGCAUGUAGUUGUCGGUCGCAGUGUGAAGUUCUCUUCGCCAUGUUUGUGUCGCCGACGAGGAGGUGGUGCUUAAUGACGCGGGGGUUGAAAGGAAGUACCCUGGCAUGUCUUCCUGGAGUUGGUAGAUGAGCUCGAGGGAGAUGGUGAAUUGUGCGUAGAUGGCGGAGCUGCGGAUGAAGCCCCCGGCGUGGAGCUUUAGGCGGUCAAAGUCAUCGUCGUCACUGUUGGUACUGGCGGCGGCAUUCUCAUUAUUAUCCUGGCUGUGGUUGCCUUUAUUUGGCGAAAGAAUCUGGAGAGCUGCAUCCAGGCAUAUUUUACGGGAGAAGUAGUAUUUUAGGUUUGUUUUUGCCUUGACAGCGAAAGGGUGAUGUAGAGCAAGCAGAAACCUAUUGGUGAGAAGGGAGACGGAUUGGGUUUGGAAGGCAGACGGUUGCGAGGCUCUGUCUUGCGAGUGAUGGGCUGCGUUGAAAAGGUGAAGCGAACUGUCACGCUGGAUGGCAGUAAGCUUACUGCUGAGUCUCAGCACUUCAUCAUACGAAGGCUCGGAGCGUAUAUCAUUCAUUGCCUUUGCCAUCUGGAGUCUGAUAGGGAAUGACUUCACGAGCGCGAUUUGGACGCUGGUGUGGGUGAAUCCGUUUGUGACGUGUGGGACGGCUUCAGGGUCAUCAGGAUUCAUAUCAUGAUCAUCGAUGUUGGAUGGUGACUCGCAGUCAUAAUCUUGAAGGGAGACUAGAGGCGCCCCUCCCGCAUCCAUGCUUGACUGGAGCAAAAGUUCCAGAACCGUAGCCCACAACCUUCUCCGUAGCUCCGCUUGAAAGACUGGCAUCUUUGGAAGAUAUUGUGGAUCUCGAUGUAAACCAACGUACAUUGCUGCUCGCAGCAGAGAGCCAGCCGAUAUCCAAACGAGGUCACCAUCAAUCGCACAACUCUGCCGGGCUAGAAGUAGAAGACAGUGUAUCUGGACGGCAGCAAUAUUGACGCGAGAUUUCUCAGAAGGACCUCCCAACCAUGACUGGGCAGCAUAAAUCCACGGUGCUGCCGUUAUCCGGGGCGUAAUAGAGCUGCCAGGGCCUUUAUAGAAGCAAGUUCCUAGGGCCAUGACAAGAAGCAAUCGCACCACAAAAGCAGGGCUCGCGGACUGAGGGGGAUUCCAGAGUUGGGCAUAUUCCUGUUGAAAAGUCGGCACGUGUAAGAUUCGAUAAACAGUCUCGAAGGUGAGAAGAUAGCCCGAAACGAGCUGGUCAGCCGUCUCACGCGGUGGAACUAAAUCUGUCAAGUCGGAUAUAGCUGGCUGGCGUGUUGGACGUCUGACUUUUAUAGCCCUUGCUAAUGUCUUACAUCGAUCCAUCAUCCUGGAUAUCCCGGAAUUAUCCUCGACUUCAAGCCGAUGCCUUAAGUUGUAUACCAUAUUGAACUUUGGCUUCAGUUAGCGAAUCCAUUUGGCUAAGAGCGUAGCAGGCAUACAACUCCCUCUACAUCAGCGGCAUUUAAGAAGAAAGAGAGAAGGUAAGAAUAGGAAAUGAAUGGGAUGGGGCCGAUAAAAUGAAAAGGAAUUGUCCUCACUUCCUUGGCACAAUUCAUCCAGUGGCUCUGCCCGAAAAAUCUGGUCUUCGAGAAGGUCCCUCUCACAGGGGUGUGCAAGGCUUCACGAUCCUCCAAUGCGUCCAAGCGUCUGCCUCCGGGAGAAGAUGAAGCAGCAACGGAGCUCGUGCUCGUAGACUGGGCCAGCUUCUUCUCCAACAGACGGACCCGAUCGACGAGCGCCUGAAUUGUCGCUGCAGAUUGAAGGUCCUGGGCAACAUUGCGGAUAGAUCCGGUGACAUCACUUCUUUGAUCAUCUGCAUGUGUACUCUGGUCCGAUUCGUUUGCAGUAAAAGGUGAGGGAUAUGAUGGGAAGUUCCCAGGGCGGCUUAUCUGUGGAAUAGGUACGGUAGGGGCUGGGGGAGCUUGGAGAGCUGAAGGACGUUGUGGCUGUGAGCUAUCACAACAUCUAGCAGAAGACGAAGAAGAAGGACCAGCAGAAGUUUGGGCAUGAGUAUAUGUGCAUGCAUGUAUCGAGAGGCUCUUCUUGGAUCGGUGGCAUUGAUCGCAAGGCACCUUUUGGUCGCAUCUGAUCUUCCGGCGACGACACUGAUCGCAGGCCAACGCCGGGCGCCGUCGUUUACGUGGUGGAGCAUCACCGGUAUACGAUUGAAUCUCAUUACCAUGCAUCAUUCCGUAAAUGUGGUGCAUAUUAUCGAAGCUGAAGUCUCGUUCUCGCUAAAGGGGCAAUCGGCAAGUUGAUCAGACAGCCCGGGCCCCACAACCAUAUCAGAUUUUGCUUUUCUUCUCUUUUUCCAUGCUUUUCCUUUCUUUGCGGCUUUUGUUAGUCCAGCUAAUUCAAUUUGAUCCUGGAUUAGUUGGGGAGGGAGUCGCGGAGUAUUCAGGGGCAAAAGUCCGUGAUAUUCGCUUCGAGCCACGGUGAAUUAGUCAUUAUCUCCGAAAGAUCUUGCGAUAAUGUCAUGUGAUAUGAUUCCUUAUCAGAUCUUCCGCCAAAGCUGGUUCCCCUUUCUGGCAAUUUUGACAACAUCGGGAGGAAGAAGUUGCGGAUAUUCGAUUUGUAUGAAUAUCUAUCUCUGUAUCUAUUCAACGAUCAUAACCCUUUCACAAACACCCGUUGAGAGGGGGAUCCUGGUACUUAACAAGGUUUUGGAGUUUACAAGCCGAUAUUCCUAACAGGACUGAAUAUCCCGUUCUGCAUCAUCCUCUUAUCCCCGAGCGCGGAGUGCGUCGACUCGGUCUGCCGGUGCCCCCAGACCCGACUAUUUCGAUGCUGCAAGGGUAUGAGGGAUAGCUGUGGCUCGAAGGCUGCAGUAUUUUGCCAGAUAAUCCAUGUUUAUUCCGUAGUUGCGAGUCUUUCUCUGAUUUUCAGUGCUGUGGUUGCAAUACCUCUGGAUGGCGGAGGACGGCAGCAUGAUUAUGACGCUCAUAAUGGCACAGACAAGUGCACACUCACAUAAUCAGUUCAAUCUACUCAAAUGUAUACACUUAGUGUAUAUAUAUAUAUAUCUGAACAACGCACCUUUCAGAUACACAUAGCUUUCUCAAUAGCUUCACCCCUCAAAUAUUCAUAAUAUCCUUAAUAUCCUCUCCAUCCUUAUUUUCCUUCAGUACCAUCUCUCUAAGGAAAGAAAGCACGAUAGAAAAGGGGCUGCCUGCUUGCUUUGCUACUUGCUUCCCUUUCACACGCAGUGCUCUUUUUUGAGCCUCAGACUUUUCUCUUCUUCCCCCUUUUCAUUCAAUCUUGUAUUCUUUUAUUCUUCUCAGUUCCUUCUAGAACUUCGCAGUUAGCCUGUAAUCAUGGCAGACCGCGUCCACGAGACGUCAAGCACGCCGGAAGUGCAUGAUCUGAAGAACUCCCAGGAGGGAGACUCCGAAACCUGCGUCGAGACCAAGUCGGAAAACUCCUAUCCGGAUGGAGGCGCCAGAGCAUGGGCUGUAGCGGCUGGCACUUCUGGUGUACUGUUUUGCACUUUCGGAAUGGCAAACGCCUUUGGGGUCCUCCAAGAGUACUAUACGUCCCAUCAACUAUCUGAAACGUCGCCAUCCGCCAUCUCAUGGAUUGGAUCGUUACAGGUCUUUAUCCUAUUUGCUAGUGCCCUUGUGGGUGGCCCCCUCUUUGACCAAUAUGGAGCGAAGGUCAUCUGGCCAUCAGCAGCACUCUACGUUCUCUCACUCAUGAUGACAAGCCUUGCGAAGGAAUUUUACCAGUUCAUGCUAGCCCAGGGGGUAUUGGGCGGAAUUUCCAUGGGUAUGACUAUGGCUCCUUCCAUGGCUGCCACGCCCCAAUAUUUCGAUAAAAACCGUGGAGCUGCCAUGGGUAUUGCUGUUGCUGGAUCUUCCAUUGGAGGUGUUAUCUUUCCAAUUGCCCUCGGGAAACUGCUUAAUGACACCACACUGGGCUUUGGAUGGUCUUUACGCAUUAUUGGCUUCUUAAUCCUAGCGAUUCUGGCACCAUCAUGCCUAGCUAUCCGUGCCCGUCUUCCGCCACGAAAGGGGAAUUUUUUGCUCCUCUCUGCAUUAAAGAAUCGGCUCUACUUAGCUAUCAUUGCAUUUGCUUUUCUCAUGAUUCUCUGCGUCUUUACCCCAAUAUUCUAUCUCCCGACCUACGCUGUCCAGUAUGGCAUGAGCAAAACGCUUUCUUCAUACCUCGUUGCGAUCCUGAACGCCGCGUCUUUCUUUGGCAGAGUCAUUCCUGGUGUCUUGGGUGACAAAUUGGGACGCCUCAAUGCGGUUAUAGCAUCCGGAGUCUCCUCGGGGAUUCUCAUACUCUGCUGGCCAAAAAUUACAACCAAUGCGGGAAUAUUUGUUUUCGCUGGUCUUUUUGGCUUUUGUUCCGGCGCCAUCAUCUCGGGCAUUGUUGUCUGCCUUACGACAUGUACUAAUAACCCAAAAAAUAUCGGUACAUAUAUGGGCAUGGGUAUGGGCCUUGCAUCAAUUGCUGGGCUGAUAGGGCCGCCGAUAAGUGGUGCACUUGUCUCUAGAUACCACGGGUUUGACCAAGUAUCUAUUUUUUCCGGAGUGGUGGUCCUCGUUGGAUCAGCUAUUGCCCUUUUCGCAAAGACUUUAACAGAAAAGGGAAUACUCGGAAGGGCGUAAUGAAACCAACUCCCCUUCUUACUUCGGCCGCCUCUCCUAUUCGUUCAGCUUCACCCAUUGUUACUGGUGGUUUGUGUGUUGUUUGUGUUGGACGUGGAGGGCGUUAAUACUUAUCUCUACUCCUUGCAUACGUCUAUUUCCUAUAUGGGUUUCACGUGGUAGUGCAUGUAUGAGUUCGUCAAGGGAUGGAAAGAAGUCAUCCAUUAUUUUCAUCGAGGCGAAAAGAUAUCCGCUGUUUAUUCCUAUAUGAUUUGCCAAAGUAUUUCCACCAAAACUGCAAUUCGGCAUGAUGUUAUAUUUGUCUAUUUAUUGCUAUUUGGGUGCUCGCUUUUAUCUAUGUUCUUAUCUAUUCAAUCGUUCUAAUAUGCAGAGUUAAUUUAUUUACAAUUAUUCCCUAUCCGGACGCUGCAGUUUCUAGCGUUUGUUAGUAUAGAUAGACAGG